AUGGGUCUGGUCAUGGAGCGCGGGGGGCCAUACUCGCGGGGGCUGCACAAAGCGGGGGGCAGUGAGCGGGGUUGCUGGUACUACCUGCGUUACUUUUUCCUCUUCGUCUCGCUCAUCCAGUUUCUCAUUAUCCUGGGCCUCGUGCUCUUCAUGGUGUACGGCAACGUGCAUGGCGGCACCGAGUCCAACUUGCAGGCCACCGAACGCCGGGCCGACGGCCUCUACGGCCAGGUCGUGGGGCUCACGGCCACCCACGCCAACCUGACAAAGGAGCUCAACCUCACCACCCGCGCCAAGGAUGCCAUUAUGCAGAUGCUGCUGAGCGCCCGCCGAGACCUGGACCGCAUCAACGCCAGCUUCCGCCAGUGCCAGGCCGACCGGGCCAUCUACCUGAACAACCAACGAUACAUGGCCGCCAUUAUCUUGAGUGAGAAGGAAUGCCAGGAGAAUUUCAAGGAGAGCAACAAGAGCUGCAAUGCUUUGCUCCACGUUCUGGGCCUAAAGGCCAAGACACUGGAGGUGGAAGUGGCAAAGGAGAAGGCUGUGUGCGCCAAAGACAAGGAGACCCUGGCGUUGGGCAAACGGGUGGUGGAGGAGCAACUGGCCGAGUGUGGGAAGACUCGAGUGCAGCUGCAGCAAGAACAGCGCAUUGCCGAGGAGCGGCUGCGGAAGGUGGAGAGCCUCUGCCUCCUGUUUGACAAGGAGAAGUUUGAGACACAGUUGCACAAUGUCUGGAGGGAUUCCAUCAUCCCGCGCACCCUGGACAGCCUAAGUUACACACCCUAUCAUCCCCUCAGUUCGGAGGUAGCUUCCAUCCGCAGAGCCUGUGACCACAUGCCCGCCCUUAUGAGCACCAAGGUAGCAGAACUGGCCCGAAGCCUGCGAGUGGACAUCGAACGUGUAGCCCGUGAGAACUCGGACCUCCAGCGCCAGAAGCUGGAGGCCGAGCGUAGCCUGCAGGCCAGUCAGGAGGCCAAAGAGAAAGUAGAGAAGGAGGCUCAGGCCCGAGAGGCCAAGAUCCAAGCCGACUGUGCCCGGCAGAACCAGCUAUCUCUGGAGGAGAAGGCAGCACUGCGAAAAGAACGAGACAACCUGGCCAAGGAGCUAGAGGACAGGAAGAAGGAGGUGGACCAGCUCAAGAUGCAACUGGCUGUCAGCAACUCAGCCCUGGACACCUGCAUCAAGGCCAAGUCGCAGCUGGUGCCCUUGCCAAGACCCGUGGGUUCUCCCCCCAACCCCCCACCCAUCGACCUAGCUAGCCUGGAGGAAUUCAAGAAGAAGAUCCUGGAGUCCCAGCGAUCGCUGCCAGGCAGUGUGGCAUUCCCAUCCAGGUGA